GCCUGUCUUCACAGACAAGGGAAUAAAGGCCUCUUUUCACAGAUGGAGGUGACUCAAUGGAAGGAGCAGGAGAUGGAAGAGCAGGACUCAGGAGGACCUGGAACUGGCAAGACAGCAAACAAAUUCCCCUUUCUCUUCCCAGCUGGGAGUGGUGUUGCAUUCUGGGAAAGAGUUGUGAUAGAGACCCUGGAUAAGGACACCACGGCCUCUGACGUCCUCUGCCAACGCUUCUGGCAGUUUCUCUACCAUGAGGCCAAGGGACCCCGAGAGGUUUGCAGCCAGCUCCAUGGACUCUGCAGCCAGUGGCUGAAGCCAGAGAGGCACACCAAGAAGCAGAUCCUGGACCUGGUGAUCCUGGAGCAGUUCCUGACCAUCCUGCCCCAGGAAAUGCAGUGCUGGGUCAGAGGAUGUGGGCCGGAGACCAGUUCCCAGGCGGUGGCCCUGGCCGAAGGUUUCCUCCUGAGUCAGGCAGAGGAGAAGAAUCAGAAAGAAGAGAUGUGGGGACCAUCCCUGAAGACAGAAGCAACAUUCUUUGAGGCAGAAGGAGCUUCCUUGGCACAAGGGCAAAGAACACAGGCCCAGGAGCGUGCCCAAGAUGCCCUCUCCUGUGACAAGGACUCUUUGUGCCUGGAUCCGAUUGGGAGUCCCUUUUCCUUUGAGGAGGUGGCCGUGCAUUUCACCGAGGCAGAGUGGGCCCUGCUGGAUCAGGAACAAAAAGCUCUCUACCGGGAAGUCAUGCUGGAGAACUAUGGGAUCAUGGCUUCUCUGGCAGAGAAUGAUCAGAAGAACGAGGAAGGUGAAGAACUUCAUCAGCAAAUGCCAGAUAGAAUUACAAAUGAAAACCAGAAGGAAAGAGUCAGGAAUCGAGGCAGACGUAAGAGAAAGAAAGGCAGCCAUAUGGUUGAGAAGAGAGGUGGAAGAAAGUGUAAUGUACAUCUUCCAAAGCAUGGUAUAAUAAAGAGAAGUAAUUUGAUUCAGUGUGGAAAGUACUUCAAAUAUAAAUCACAGCUUCUUGUGAACCAAAGAAUACAAAAGAGAGAGAAAACUUUUGAAUGCUCGGUGUGUGGAAAGAAAUUCAAUACAAGUGGCAGUCUUCAGCUGCACCAAACAACCCACACAGAGGAGAAACCCUUUGAAUGCUCAGUGUGUGGUAAGAGAUUCAAUCAGAGAGGCCAUCUUCGACUGCACCAGAGAACCCACACAGGGGAGAAACCUUUUGAAUGCUCACAGUGUGGGAAGAGAUUCAGUAUGAAUGGCAAUCUUCAAAAGCAUCAAAGAACCCACACAGGGGAGAAACCCUUUGAAUGCUCAGUGUGUGGAAAGAGAUUCAGUAUGAGCGGCUGUCUUCAACGCCACCAAAGAACCCACACAGGGGAGAAACCUUUUGAAUGCUCACAGUGUGGAAAGAGAUUCAGUACAAGUGGCAGUCUUCAACUGCACCAAGGAACCCACAUAGAGGAGAAACCUUUUGAAUGCACAGAGUGUGGAAAGAGAUUCAGUAUGAGUGGCAGUUUUCAUCGUCACCAAAGAACCCACACAGGGGAGAAACCUUUUGAAUGCUCAAAGUGUGGAAAGAGAUUCAGUAUGAGUAGCAAUCUUCAACUGCACCAAAGAACCCACACAGGGGAGAAACCCUUUGAAUGUUCAGAGUGUGGAAAGAGAUUAAGUACAAGUAGCAGUCUUCAACUCCAUCAGAGAACCCACACAGGGGAGAAACCUUUUGAAUGCUCAAUGUGUGGAAAGAGAUUCACUCUGAGAGGCCAUCUUCAACUGCACCAAAGAACCCACACAGGGGAGAAACCUUUUGAAUGCUUAGUAUGUGGAAAGCAAUUCAGUUGCAGUAGCAGUCUUCAAAGGCAUAAAAGAACCCAUACAGGAGAGAAACCCUAUGCGUGCUCAGAGUGUGGAAAGAGAUUCAGUAUGACUGCCGGUCUUCAAAUACAUCAGAGAACCCACACAGGGGAGAAACCCUUUGAAUGCUUCGAGUGUGGAAAGAGAUUCCGUCUGAGAGGCCAUCUUCGACUCCACCAAAGAACCCACACAGGGGAGAAACCUUUUGAAUGCAUAGAGUGUGGAAAGAGAUUCAGUGCAACUAGCAAUCUUCAGGUCCACCAGCGAACCCACACAGGGGAAAAACCUUUUGAAUGUUCAGUGUGUAGAAAGAAAUUCAGUACUGGAGGCCAUCUUCGAAGGCAUAAUAGAACCCAUACAGGGGAGAAACCGUUUGAGUGCUCAGAGUGUGGAAAGAGAUUCAGUCUGAGAGCCCAUCUUCAACUGCACCAAAGAACCCACACAGGGGAGAAACCUUUUGAAUGCUCAGAGUGUGGAAAGAGAUUCAGUUCGAGUAGCAGUCUUCAGCAGCAUAAAAAAACCCACACGGGGGAGAAAACUGUUGAAUGUUCAGUGUGUGGAAAGACAUUCAGAGAGAAGGGGUAUCUCAAACAACAUCAGAGAAUCCACACAGGGGAGAAACCAUUUGAAUGCUUAGAGUGUGGAAAGAGAUUCAGUCUGAAUAGCAAUCUUCAACAGCAUCAGAGAACCCACACAGGGGAGAAACCCUUUGAAUGCUCAACAUGUGGGAAGAAAUUCAGUCACAGUAGCCAUCUUAAGCGGCAUAAAAGAACCCACAUGAGUAAAACAGUUUGA